UUCGUUUUUUCACAGAGUAUCUGCAAAGCGAAGAAGAAGCAAUGGGUCACGAAAAUCAAGCAGAGUUAGCCAAAACCAUCAUCAGAAGCAGGAUCUCCAAUCCAUCUUUCAUCUACUCCUUUUUCUCCCAAUCCCCUGAUUCCAACUACAGUAAAUUGAAGUAUAUAAUAUCAAGUUCAGUAACUGAGGCAUGUAACAAUUCAGUUCUGCUUUUGGGUCCUCGAGGCUGUGGAAAAAUUGCGGUGUUGGAGAUAGUUCUGGAAGAACUACUGAAAGAACACCCAGCCAUGAUUUCUGUGAUUAAGCUCAAUGGCCUUCUGCAUAGCGAUAACAAUUGCGCAUUGAAGGAGAUAGCUAGGCAAUUGUGUCUGGAACAUCAACUGUUGUUCUCUAAAAUGGCAUCAUUUGAUGAUAACUCCCAAUUCUUGCUGUCCAUGUUGCGGGAGUGUGGAUUGGCACAUAAAACAAUUGUGUUUGUUCUAGAGGAGUUUGACCUUUUUACACAGGGAAAACAGCGACUACUUUAUAGUUUGCUUGAUGCAAUGCAAUCUGUUACAUCACAAGCUGUUGUAGUAGGAGUGAGUUGUCGAUUGGACGCUGAUCAGUUGUUGGAGAAAAGAGUAAGAUCUCGUUUUUCACACAGGAAACUGUUGUUUCUUCCUCCCUCAGGACAAGAUUUGAAAAGACUUGUAGAGCACAUUCUACUACUGCCGGCAGAUUCAGGGCUUCCAAAUGAGUACAUAGCAGCUUUUAAUUCAAAACUUCUUAACAUUCUAGCCGAUGAGAAAUUCAACGCAAUCACUGAUACAUUAUGUUAUUCUGAUUCAACUGUCAGCCAUCUAUCGAAAUUUCUAUUCUCAGCUGUUUGUCAUAUGGACUUGAAUUCUGAUUCCCUAUCACUUGAGAAUUUCAAAUCAGCACUUCCGAGCAUACAGAGACAGCCGAAACUGGAGGCUCUAAAAGAUUGCUCCACUUUAGAGCUUUAUAUAUUGGUUUGCAUGAAGAGGCUGGAAGUCAAAGAGCUGGAGAUGUGCAAUUUCAGUUCUAUAAUGAAAGAGUACAAAAGCAUACACGAUACCUUCCAAACAUCCGACUAUUAUGCACGGAAUGUAUGCUUGCGGGCGUUUGAGCAUCUUCUAGAACGUUCUCUAAUAUCCUUCGAGGAUAACAGAGGACAAGGCCGAUCAACCGAGUUUCGGCCGGUGAAGCUUUUAAUAUCGGGGCACGAACUUCAUCAAGGGCUGAAAUCGCAUAGCUCUUGUCCGGCAAUGUUACAUAAACUAAUGGAUCGCGAAUGUUAAGUGCUGAAUGGGACUAUAUACUAAAGUUCAAUUCUGAUGCUACUGUGAGGAAUUAAUUUGAGAUUUAUUUUGAUUACUUAGACAUAAAUGAUUUAUUUUAUACAUCACGGAUCGGAAUUUUAAUGCAUUCAUCAAAUCGAAAUUUUUUGGAUCGAAAUAGAUGGAGUUUGAAAAUUCAUUUUUUAUUCACCCAUAGUAUGAAAUAAAUAAUAAUUUGAUCUUAUAAAUGCAACUUAUAGAAAUUAAAAUUCCAAUAGGUAAUGCAAUAUUUCAAUUUCGAUCCUAAAAAAUUGAAAAAAUCGAAAUUGGAAUUUUCGAACUUAUCAAUGAGAACCAAUAUUAUGGAGUUGAAAUUCUUUUUGUCGGAAUCGGUUGAAAUUGGAAAUUCCAAACCAAUUUUCACCCUACUU